AUGGCUAAUUUCCUGAUGUCCUUGGCCUGGCAGUGCUACCGAGGUGCGCUACCGGUUGGAGAUAAACUCUACAGGCACGGAUAUGCGCUAGUCACCCCUACCCAACACCGCCACACGUCUUCCACCACAUCAUCACCAAACCACCACAUCACCGAACCACCACAUCACCGAACCACUACACCACCAAACCACCACACCACCGAACCACCACAUCACCGAACCACCACAUCACCGAACCACCACAUCACCGAACAACUACAUCACCGAACUACCACAUCACCGAACCACCACAUCACCGAACCACCACAUCACCGAACCACUACACCACCGAACCACCACACCACCGAACCACCACAUCACCGAACCACCACAUCACCGAACCACCACAUCACCGAACCACCACAUCACCGAACCACUACAUCACCGAACCACCACAUCACCGAACCACUACAUCACCGAACCACCACAUCACCGAACCACCACAUCACCGAACCACCACAUCACCGAACCACCACAUCACCGAACCACCACAUCACCGAACCACUACAUCACCGAACCACCACAUCACCGAACCACCACAUCACCGAACCACCACAUCACCGAACCACUACAUCACCGAACCACCACAUCACCGAACCACCACAUCACCGAACCACCACAUCACCGAACCACCACAUCACCGAACCACCACAUCACCGAACCACUACAUCACCGAACCACCACAUCACCGAACCACUACAUCACCGAACCACCACAUCACCGAACCACCACAUCACCGAACCACCACAUCACCGAACCACCACAUCACUGAACCACUACAUCACCGAACCACCACAUCACCGAACCACCACAUCACCGAACCACCACAUCACCGAACCACCACAUCACCGAACCACCACAUCACCGAACCACUACAUCACCGAACCACCACCACAUCACCGAACCACUACAUCACCGAACCACCACAUCACCGAACCACCACAUCACCGAACCACCACAUCACCGAACCCCACAUCACCGAACCACCACAUCACCGAACCACCACAUCACCGAACCACUACAUCACCGAACCACCACAUCACCGAACCACUACAUCACCGAACCACCACAUCACCGAACCACCACAUCACCGAACCACCCACUACAUCACACCGAACCACAACAUCACCGAACCACCACAUCACCGAACCACUACAUCACCGAACCACCACAUCACCGAACCACCACAUCACCGAACCACCACAUCACCGAACCACCACAUCACCGAACCACCACAUCACCGAACCACCACAUCACCGAACCACCACAUCACCGAACCACCACAUCACCGAACCACUACAUCACCGAACCACCACAUCACCGAACCACUACAUCACCGAACCACCACAUCACCGAACCACCACAUCACCGAACCACUACAUCACCGAACCACCACAUCACCGAACCACCACAUCACCGAACCACCACAUCACCGAACCACCACAUCACCGAACCACCACAUCACCGAACCACCACAACUCCGUCUACAGCACCAUACCAUUUACUCUACAGCAACCUACCACUCUCACAACACUGCCAGACACUCAAUGCUACGCCAUUACAGCAUCGCAAUAUAAACAUCUGAGCUAA